AUGCUCCAGCAGGUUCAGGACCAAACAAAGAAGCUGGUGCCUGCGUGGGACCCUAUUGGGCCUUCUGAAGCGACUGAUGGAAUGCCAACAGCUGUUCAACAAGCAAAACAACUAUUGCGGUCAGGAACAAAUACUCCUGAGCCUGCUAGACUAAUUAAAGCCGUCAAGCAAACUGAAUGGAUGCCACAGGAAAUUCAACAGCAAACAACUAUUGUAAUGUCUCCAGCAGGUCAGGAACAAACGGCUGUGCCUGCGGUACCUAUUGGCCCUGAAGCGACUGAUGGAAUGCCAACAGAUGUUCAACAGCAAACAACAAUUGUGAUGGCUCCAGCAGGUCAGGAACAAACAACUGUGCCUGUCGGACCUAUUGGCCCUGAAGCGACUGAUGGAAUGCCAACAGAUGUUCAACAGCAAACAACUAUUGAAAUGUCUCCAGCAGGUCAGGAACAAACAACUGUGCCUGUUGGACCUAUUGGCCCUGAAGCGACUGAUGGAACGCCAACAGAUGUUCAACAGCAAACAAGUAUUGUAAUGGCUCCUACAGGUCAGGAACAAACAACUGUGCCUGGAGGACCUAUUGGCCCUGAAGCGACUGAUGGAAUGCCAACAGAUGUUCAACAGCAAACAACUAUUGAAAUGGCUCCAGCAGGUCAGGAACAAACAACGGUGCCUGCAGGACCUAUUGACCCUGAAGCGACUGAUGGAAUGCCAACAGAUGUUCAACAGCAAACAACUAUUGUAAUAGCUCCAGCAGGUCAGGAACAAACAACGGUGCCUGCGGGACCCAUUGGCUCUGAAGCGACUGAUGGAAUGCCAACAGAUGUUCAACAGCAAUCAACUAUUGUAAUGGCUCCACUGGUCAGGAACAAACAACGAACACCCUGUGCCGUGCGGGACGCUCUUGGCCCUGGAGCGCACUGA